CAGCUAGAUGUUUUAAUCAACUCCAAAACUCAAAUCAUACUCUUCAUAACAAUUGCUUUAAACCACAUUACAGUAAAAAUCGUUAUAGCAACCAAUAUUUGGAGAGCUAAAUCCUUCUACUCCCUAAAAGUUUAGUAUUGUCAAGAACUUAAAGGUGCUUAACGCUCCAUCAUAACAAACUGAGAGUAGUUUUAGGCAAAGCAAUAGUAAGCGUAUCAACACUCAGGAGAGCCCAUCAGUUAAUAAGGAGAACAUAAGCUAUCGAGUGGAGACAUCUCAAAUAGAGAUUCAACUUAGGCAUGUUUUACAGGAGAACAAAAAGUUAAAUGAUUUAAUCCAAAAAUUGACCAGAGAGAAAUAAUAAUUGUCAAUUGGGGACAAGAAUACUGAUUUAAUCCUCAUUAAACAAAGAGUUGAAAGACUUGAAUCAGUUAUAGAUUAGUAGAGUGAUGAGAUUGAGGAAUGGAAGAAAAAAUACAAGGAAGUAUGUGAGCAAGACCAAAGAAGUAAUUCAAUAGAAUAAAUGGUAUUUUCUAUUUUAAAUUAGGAAUAACAAAUGAUAUCAGUAAUAGAGGAAAAUGAAAAGAUAAAUGAGCAAAAAUUAAAAAUGCAAUAAUAAAUCCGUAAUAUGGAAAAAGAUAUGUAGCAACUUAAAUAUCAAAUUACAGAUUAAAAUAAUCAGAUAAUAGCUUAUGAAGAGGAAAGAAUUAAACUAUUAGAUCAAUUGAAUAAUAAUGUUAUUUCAGUAAAGCAACCCUAAUAAUAAAUGAAUAAUAAGGAUUACUUUUUGGAAUAAAUAUCGUUAUUAGAAAAUGUAAGAUAUAUGUAUUUAGUCUAUAGAACUUAUCUGAUUUAUCAUCAGCUUACAGUAUCUAAGUAUUAGAAAAUUAAAAGUUGAGUUAAAUGAUCUUUGGCUUGAAUGAAGAAUUGCAAUUUGUGAAUAAAUAAUUAGAGGAGGUGAAGAAGAGUCAUAAGAUAGAACCAAAUUAGAAAUUCUCAGUGAUGAAAUCAAUCUUGGGACAACUUAGAGAAGAAGUGAAUGGUUGA